AUGGUUGCCUCCAAGGUUAUCCUCACGGCCGCCCUCGCCGGUGCCGCCGCUGCGUCCGCCAUCCCCAAGGGCAACGACCUGAACGCGCUCCAGAAGACGGGCCGCACGACCAUCCACCAGGUCAAGCGCGAGAACUACAAGAACAAUGGCGCCCUGUCCAUGUACAAGACGUACCUGAAGUACAAGACGCCCAUCCCUGACUGGCUCGCCGAGGCCGCCGCCAACUCGCUGGGCGUCGACUCCAAGCUCCUCAAGCGUGACGAGGGCAGCGCCACUAACACGCCCAUCGACACCCUGGAUGAUGCCUACGUCACCCCUGUCUCCAUCGGCACCCCGGCGCAGGUCCUCAACCUGGACUUCGACACGGGCUCCUCGGACCUGUGGGUCUUCUCCAGCCUGACCCCUUCCUCCGAGGUCGACGGCCAGACCGAGUACAACCCCUCCGACUCCUCCACUGCCAAGCUGCUCUCCGGCUACACCUGGGAGAUCGCGUACGGUGAUGGAUCUUCCUCCUCUGGUGUUGUCUACACCGAUGUCGUCGACGUCGGUGGUGUGACCGUCACCUCCCAGGCCGUCGAGGCCGCCGAGACCGUCUCCUCCGAGUUCACCUCGGAUACCGAUAUCGAUGGUCUUCUGGGUCUUGGCUUCAACCUCCUGAACACCGUCUCCCCCGUGGCUCAGGAUACCUUCUGGUCCAACGCUCUGGACUCCCUGGACGAGCCCGUCUUCUGCGCCAACUUGAACCACGACGCUCCUGGCUCGUACGACUUCGGCUUCAUCAACGACACUUUCGUCGAUGACCUGACCUACACCGCCGUGACCAAGCUGCCCGGCUACUGGAAGUUCACCUCCACCGGCUACGGCGUCGGCGAUGACUUCACCACUGAGAGCAUUGUCGGCAUUGCUGACACCGGCACCACCCUGAUCUACCUGCCCGCUGCCGUCAUCGAGGCCUACUACGCCGAGGUCUCCGGUGCCACCAACUCCCUCCUCUUCGGUGGCUACAUCUUUGACUGCGACGCUGACCUGCCCGACUUCUCCUUUGGCGUUGGUGAUGCCACCAUCACCGUCCCGGCCGACUACAUCAACUUUGAAACCCUCAUCCUGGGCAAGUGCUACGGUGGUAUCCAGUCCUCCGCUGACAUCGGCAUCAACAUCUUCGGUGAUGUUGCCCUCAAGGCUGCCUACGUCGUCUUCAACGGCGAGACCCCUUCCCUGGGUUGGGCCCAGAAGGCUGCUGUCUAA